UCUCGGGGGGUCCCCAGAGAGGGGGUACCGGGGCAGGGGAGGGGUCCCUGUCUCGGGGGGCCUUGCUCCGGUAGGGAAGCGAUGCAGGGAGGAUGGGGGUCAGCACGGGCCGGGCUCCUGUUUUCAGGUAGUGCCGGUGCAGGACGGGGGGCCCGGCGAUGGGCCGGGGGUCUUGAUUUGCCGGUGGGGGCAGCCCCGGUGGUGGUGCCGGUUGCGGGUCCCGGGCGGGGCGGGGAUGUGCGGGACCGCCCCGUCCAUCCGUCCGUCCGUCCCCGGGGGCGGCUGUCGCGGCUGGUAAAUGGGUUUCAUUAGCCGGCACUGGUCCCCGCCGCCCCCCGCUCCCCCGGGAGCCCCCGGCCCGGCCCGGCUAUAAGAGGCGGUGGCGGCGGCGGGGCGGGGGCGAUGGCGGGGGCGAUGGCGGGGACGAUGACGGGGCGCCCGGCGCUGCUUCUGAUGCUGCUGCUGCUGGCGGGGACCCCGCGCAGCGCCCGCUGCUGCCCCGGGACCCUCGACCCGGCCCCGGUGAGCCCCGGCCCGGCCGCGCCGUCGGAACGGGGGGUUCGGUUUGGGACGGGGGAGGCUCGGGAUGAUUGGAGGGGGGGGUCACACUCCGGCUCCGGGACCGCCGUGACCCCCGGUCCUCCCCCGGCACAGGCCGCCGCCGCCGCCGCCCCCCCGGGGCCGCCCCCCGCCGCCGCCGCCCUGGGUGCGCUGCUCCGGUCCCUGCAACGCCCCGGCCGCGCCCCCGGGACCCUCCUCCAGCCCCAGAGGUCGGGGUGGGGGCCGCAGGGGGGGGCCCGGGCCCGGCUCAGCCCCCGGAGCUGGGACCCCCCGCUCGCCCCGUUCUGGACGAUGGCGACCCCGCAGCGCUUCGGCCGCCGCCGCUGAGCAUCCGGCCCCGAGUCCGUCCAUCUGUCCGUCCCUCCUGGAGCCGAGCCCCUCCCAAGCCCAUCCGUGGGUCCGUCCGUCACCCAAUAAAGUGGUGCCCCCACCCCUGA